AUGUGAUCCUGACCCGAGGGAUAACUCCAGAAUCUUCUUAGAUCACUACGCAAAGUCGCUGUAUUGCGUUGAACCAGAAUCAACGGAACAAUUCCCUACUCAUCGCUUCUCUUUGUUUAUUAAGAUCUUAACUGCCAUUUCCACGAUUGCUUUCCUAAAUUUUGAGGAUUCGUACAAGUGUGUAGUAGCUAGCUGAUAUUUGAGAUAUCGUUGAAGAUUGGAGCGAUGGUGGAAGUGGAGGAGCACCAGAGAGCACAUUCAGAUCAAGACGGGGAAGAUGAUAUAGUGGCUGAAGGCGCCUCUGUUGUUCGUGGAGAACCUCCUCAAGAUGAAACCGGUCCUCCUAAAGUAGAUUCGGAAGUGGAAGUUCUUCAUGAGAAAGUGAGGAAGCAAAUUAUCAAGGAUGGCCAUGGCCAGAAGCCAUCAAAAUAUUCGACUUGCUUCGUGCAUUACAGAGCAUGGACUAAAAGCACACUACACAAGUUUGAAGACACAUGGCAUGAACAACAACCCCUUGAGCUUGUCAUUGGAAAAGAGAAAACUGAAAUGACUGGGCUAGCUGUUGGCAUUUCAUGCAUGAAAGCUGGUGAGCGUGCCUUGUUACAUGUUGGCUGGGAAUUAGGGUACGGAAAAGAAGGAAACUUUUCGUUUCCAAAUGUAGCUCCAAUGGCAGAUAUUGUCUAUGAAGUGGAAUUGAUUGGUUUUGACGAAACCAAAGAAGGGAAAGCUCGUGGUGACAUGACAGUAGAGGAGAGAAUUAGUUCUGCAGAUAGAAGAAAAAUGGACGGUAAUGCAUUAUUCACUGAGGAAAAGCUGGAGGCAGCAAUGCAACAGUAUGAAAUGGCCAUAGCAUAUCUGGGAGAUGACUUCAUGUUCCAAUUGUUCGGGAAGUACCGUGAUAUGGCGUUGGCAGUAAAGAACCCUUGUCAUCUUAACAUGGCAGCAUGCCUGAUAAGACUCAAGCGCUAUGAUGAAGCCAUUGCUCAGUGUGGCAUUGUCUUGGUGGAGGAUGAAAACAAUGUGAAAGCACUGUUUCGGCGUGGCAAAGCUAGGGCUGAGCUUGGGCAGGUGGAUGCUGCUCGUGAAGAUUUCCUCAAGGCACGAAAAUAUGCCCCAGAAGACAAAGCAAUAGCAAAAGAGCUGCGUCUGCUAGCAGAGCACGAUAAAGCUGUUUAUCAGAAACAGAAAGAGCUUUACAAGGGAUUAUUUGGAAAAAGUCCAGAUCCCAAGCCAAAACCCAAAAAUUGGCUGAUAUUAAUCUGGCAGUGGUUGCUCUCAAUAUUUUAUAGCCUUUUCAAGCAGAAAAGGCAGAAAGAUGACUGAUGAGUGGUGAGCAAUAUACAUAUCAAGUUUGUUGCUCUCUAAUGAGAUGCUGUUGCCGAUUGCUCAACUCUGUAAGCGUGCUCUCAGAAUUUUAUUUAACAGCCCAUUUCAGAUUGCGCUUUUGUAUGCCUUUAAUUCCUCUGUUUCAGAGCUGUUUAAGGUGAAGUUUCUCCUCAAUUUCUUAGAACUUGAUGACUUGUGUUCAAUGAUUUCUUCUAUCAUAUUGUUACAAAAGUAA